AUGUCUAGCCUGACAGACCCGAAAUCAUUGUCACCCCUCCGCGUUGUCUUCUCUCGCAGCAUCUGGUCGUGGUUUCUCUUCCAUGGGACUGGACUUCACGGCACAGCACGUCGGUUGCCCGGUUCCCGUCAUCUAAAAUUAUGUAUUCGUCUCCACGUAACUGCUAGGCACAUCCAUUACGUAUCUCCACAGCUUCUACGCUACAGUCAUUUAUCUUUUUUGUGUCACCAAAAAGACUCAGGUCAGGUCUCCCGUGUCAUAAGUCCUCGAGUCAGAACACAGCGCAUUCAGCUUUUGUUACUGGCUCCCGGUGCUGGCAGCAAAACUAUUCAUCCUGACUCAUCCGGCCCAUUUUACUUGGAAUUCACUCGUCUAUUACUACUAAGUGCAAAUUAA